AAGAAGAAGAGGAAACAGCAACACCCAAACAUAGCCCAAAAACUCGCCCAAUCUCUAACGCAGCCCACAUUAACUCCCACCACAGCAUCCCUACCACAUUCCAGCCACAAUCUACCACACGAGGGGAUCAAGAGGGACGAGAUAAGAGGGUUGGAGUCCCUAAAACCCCAAUAAAUAAGGGAGAAGUGUUAGGGGGCGUAGCAUCAUGUGACCAGCACCACCACCACCGCCCCCAGCCCAGAGAGAUGGCAUCCUAUUCGCAGGAGGAGGAGAAGCACUACAGGGAGUAUGGGCCGGGGUGCGAGAUCGGCUCAUUCCCCAAAGACUUUGUGUACGGCCCUGAUGACCCGGACCAAGACAUCUCACUCAUCUUUGCCCCAGACCAGAAGCCAAAGAUUCUUCUCAUGGGCCUCAGGAGAAGCGGCAAGUCGUCCAUACAGAAGGUUGUGUUCCAUAAGAUGACGCCCAAUGAGACACUCUUCCUGGAGUCGACGAACAAGAUCGAGUCGGAGAACAUUUCAAACUCCUCCUUCGUUCAGUUCAAGAUCCUCGACUUCCCAGGGCAGAUUGACUUUUUUGAGCCAUCCUUUGACUCGGAGAAGAUCUUUGGGGGUCACGGCGCGCUGGUGUUUGUCAUCGAUGCUCAGGACGACUACAUGGAGGCCCUGAACCGCCUGCACCAGACAGUGUUGAGGGCACACAAAGUCAACCCACACCUGCGCUUUGAGGUGUUCAUUCACAAGGUGGACGGCCUCUCCGACGACACCAAGAUAGAGACACAGCGCGAUAUUCACCAGAGAGCCAAUGAUGAGUUGGUGGAUGCUGGAAUGGAGCAGAUUCACCUGAGUUUCUAUCUGACAUCUAUCUACGACCACAGUAUCUUUGAGGCAUUCAGCAAGGUGGUGCAGAAACUCAUCCCUCAGCUGCCCACACUCGAGAACCUCCUUAACUUGUUCAUAUCUAACUCAGGGAUAGAGAAAGCGUUCCUAUUUGAUGUGCUGUCCAAGAUCUACAUAGCCACAGACUCCUCAGCGGUGGACAUGCAGAGUUACGAAUUGUGCUGUGAAAUGAUCGAUGUGGUUAUUGACAUCUCGGACAUCUAUGGGAAGGACGAAGGCACGCAGGUUCCGUUUGACAAAGAGAGCUCAAGUAUCAUUAAGCUGAACAACGCCACUGUCCUAUAUCUGAGGGAGGUGAGCCGGUACUUGGCCCUCGUGUGCAUACUGAGGGAGGAGAGCUUUGACAAACAGGGUUUGAUAGACUACAACUUCCUGUGUUUCCGCAAGGCUAUCCAGGAUGUGUUUGACGUGAGGAAGGUACAACUGCAGCAGCUUACCAGCAGCCUGUCCUCCCCCAUCCUUCAGAACAGCCACACCAACGGCCCCACCACCUAGUACUAGUCACCUGGCGGGCUCAGGGGCCUCAUACUUGCAGGCUCCCCACCCCACCAGUACAAAAAGGAGGGUACGCCACACCUAUUGGCCGCUGGUGGUCAAGGCUGCAGAAACAAGCGCAACAUUCACCAGACAGCAACUAUCACUACCACUACUCCUACUCCUACUCCUACCACUACCACUACUACUACUUCCACUACUACUACUACUGCUGUUGCUGAUUAACUUAACUGUCUGGUGUGAGAAAGCUAUUUGUGGGAACUGGUCUUAAAGUGCUCUGAUUGUGUGUCUGUGUGUGUGUGAGUGAGAGAGUGAGAGAGUGUGCAUUUGUUAUUGUGCAAAACUGGAUGACAUAAGAUUGUGAAAAGAAAAAAAAAACAAAAUCCACCUCACAGUUUUCUUCUUUAGUCAUGUACAUGUUGAUAAUAUUUUUGUUAGGAUAUAUUUUGACAGACGGUAUAUAACAUUGUACUGUAUUUUAAGAAGCAUUUAAAUAACCGCUUUCAUAUAGAGCCGUUCUGAAAGCUUACUGUUGUUCUUAUCGCUUCAGAUCGCAUGACAGUUUAGUUUUGUGACGUGUGAGGUUAAUAAUAACACUUGGACAAUUAAAAAAAAGUUAAGAGUUAUUAAAGCUAUGUGACUGGAAUGAAGGGUAGAUUGGAGUAUUGUAGGAGAUUGGAAUGUGGAGAGAUCAGAAUGGGAAAGAGAGACUGGAAUGGGGGGAGAGAGAUAGGAAUGGGGAGAGAGGUUGGAAUGGAACAGAAAGAUUGGAAGAGGGAGAGAUUGGAAUGGGAGAGAUUGGAAUGGAGAAGAGGGUAGCUAGAUGAAAAUUGUGUGUGUGGGGAGAUACAGAGACGAAUCAAAAUAUUUAGGAAUUGAGUGUUUUGGAAUAGGAAGAGAGAAACUGUGUCAUGGAAUAUACAGAAAUGAUUGUCUCUUCUCCCAUGCCAUACAAUCUUUACAGUCUGGCAUAUUUUAAUCUUUUACAUUAACUUAACUUAGGAAUUGAUAAAGAAAAGCAGUCUAGGAAUUUAUUGACGGAGUAAUGUGUUGUGUGUGUCUCGAAAUACAAAGGAAAGAACUGUGUGGAGGGAUGUACAGAACUCAUAAUGUCUUUCUCUAGUUAAUUGAUAAAGAGAAAGUCUAGAAAUGUCUUGAGAGAAAAAUCUGUCUCUGAACAAACAGUGAAAAUUUAAGGGAAUUGUCAGGAAAUGUACAGAAAUAAAAGUGUUUCUAGGAACUGAUAAAGAAAGUGUCAUUAAAAGUCUAGAAAUAUAUUGUGAGAAAAAUCUGUGUCUAUCUUUGAAUAAAUAGUGAAAAUUUGAGGGAAUUGUGUUAAGAAAUAUUCAGAAAUAAAAGUGUGUCUAGGAACUGAUAAAGAAAGAAUCAUUAAAAGUCUAGGAAUAUAUUGAGAGAAAAAUCUGUGUGUAUCUUAAAUAAAUGGUGAAGGGAAUUGUGUGAAGGGAUAUAUAGAACUCAUGAUUCUUUAGUUAAUUGAUCAAGAGAAAGUCAUUAUAAUAUCUAUGAAUAAAUUGAGAGAAAAAUGUAUGUUUCUCAGAGUAAAUAGAAGUGAAAAGGAGAUAGAAAAGAAAUAAAAGUGUUUCUAGGAACUGAUCAAGAGUCACUAAAAAUCUUGGAAUAUAUUGAGAGAAACUUGUGUCUAUCUUAAAUAAACAGAAGAAAAUUGUUUCAGCAAAUAUACAAAAAUAGUGUUUCCAGGAGUGAUAAAGAUAAAUUAACAAGGAAUAUAUUGAGAGAGGAAUCUGUGUCUAGGUAAAAAUACAGAAACUUUCGAAAGGAGUUGUGUUGAUAGAAAUUUUCAUCACCUGAAGAAAUUAUACAAGAAACUGAUAAUGAUAAUAAAAUAAACUAUGAUAUGAUUUUAAGGAGUAACAAAAUUCCCAAAUGCUUCAAAACAAAGAUACAGAAGCUAAUCAAAAUAAACUUGUAUAUUAUCUUAGAGGGGAAAAUAGAGUAAAAUAGAAAAAAAAAAACCAAAUAUUGCCUUUGAUAAGAGAAAUAAAUAAAAUCAGAUAAAUGAAUAAAGAAAAGAUAAAUGCAAAAGCUACACAGUGAGAUGAGAAAAAUAAAUAAAAUGAAUAAGUUAAAUAAAUCAAUAAAUAGAGAAUACAAAAGUUAGAGAAAUAAAGAAAAUAAAUAGAUAAAAUAAGAUGAUAAAUGAAAUAAGCUAAAUACUUAAGCUGCAAAGGAGGAAAAAUAAAUAAAAUGAGAUAAAUAAAUGUAAUAAGGUGAAUACAAAAACUACACAGGAAUGAAAUAAAAAAAUAAGAUAAAUAAAUGAAAUAAGAUAAAUGCAGAAGCUACAAAGACAGGAGUUUCCAGGGUCUGACAUCCCACUGUUGCCAGAAUGGAGGAGAAUGUGUCCAGAUAUUUGCUUCAUUGUUCCUUUGUAUUAUAGAGUUUAUUGACCUAAGAUUAGUUAUUUAAACCACUGUACACACUACACAAAGCAUCUAAAUUGUUUUUUUUAUACUUUUCUCUUUUAUUUUCUUGAUUUGAAACUACUUUUAUUUUUUCUUCUCUUGAUCUGAGACUUUUUUUUAUAUAUAUACUUUAUUUUCUGCAAUUUGAAACUCCAGAACUUUGUAAAAUUGUUAUGUUUUACUCUUUCCUUUUUUUUCCUUGACAAAAUUGUUGUUCUUCCUUUUUUCCUUGAUUUGUACUGCUAAAACUUUAUAAAAACUUGUUCUUUAC